CCAGUCUGAAGCCUUGGUAGCAUCCCUGUUAGUUUGUAUUUCAGAAUGAAACACAGACUCACUGCUAUCAGUAUGACAAGUCUUUUCACUGUGCUGACUUUGCUGGCUGUGUUUUCCAGUGGUUUUUGUCAGGUGUUAAAUCGAGUGCAGCCAUUUGGUGUAUCCCCUACUGAAAGACAGUACAGGUCUGUCCUCAACGUGACCAAUGGAGGGAAGUUUGGACAAUGGAAGUGGGAUGACACUUGUCCCGUAAACUACUUUGCUAUUGGCUUCAGUCUGAGGGUGGAGUCCAGCCAGGGUAUCGUCGACGACACCACCCUGAACGGAAUCCGCCUCCAUUGUGCCACAGAAAACCACCAGGGCUUCAUGUACACUGUUGAGUCUCACAGCGGCUUCUGGGGUGACUGGACCAGUCCUCAGUACUGCCCCAGUGGCGUGCUCACCGCCUUCCAGCUCCAAGUUGGGCCUCAUGUCGGCUCAAGUUCAGACAACACUGGAGCCAACAACAUCAGGUUCCAAUGCAGCUCCAACCCCAUACUGGAGGGGGCCGGCAUGAACUGGGGAGAGUAUGGAAACUGGAGUGAUACGUGUAACAGUGGAGGAAUCUGUGGCAUCAAAACCAAAAUGCAGGACAGGCAGGGUAGGGGGGAUGACACUGCCCUCAAUGAUGUGCAUUUCCACUGCUGUGACAGAACAUCAGAGUGACCAGCAUGUGAACCCAAGCCUGACCAGUUUGAUGGAGUGACUCUGAAACCAAAGAUCACUAACAAUAAAAAGCUUUUUCAUGUUUG